AGCUCUGGUUAUGUCUCUAUGUUAGCAGCUUUAAUAGAAUUCCACUUUGAAUGUUUCUGAACAAGCCUCUGCAUGGACAGACCUAACAGUUACACAGUUGUGGCAGGAUCAUACGGAUCUCUGAUUUUAUUUUAAAGGAGUAAACUCUGGGCCUGCCAAAAAAGGAGACCGCCAGACUGCAAAGAUGAAAGUGAAAUGGACCAAGUUAGGAAUGGUCUUCUUUCUGCUGCUCUCUUUUGUAAUGACGGGCUGUUUCAUUUGGCAGUACAGGCUUCCCAAAGCAAAACCAGUGGAUGUAAAAUUUGAAAAAGAAGUGAAAGAGGAGAAGAUGUGCCCACGUUUCCCUGAGCCUGUGCCAUUGGAGCACCCGAUACCUGUCCUCAUGGAAGCCUUGGACAAGGUGGAUGCGCUUCUGAGGACCAGAAUUGAUGCUACAAGACUGCCAGCCAUCUCUGCCAUUGUAAUAUUUAAUGAUUCUGUAUUGUGGAAUGGUAACUUUGGGAGACGGAAUGGAAGUGACCCUACAUCUCCUCCAACUAAUGAGUACACCAUUUACAGAAUUGCAAGCCUGUCCAAAAUCUUCCCCACAUUGAUGCUGUACAAACUUUGGGAGGAUGGUAAAGUGGGUUCCCUGGAUGACCCUCUGGGGAAGUAUGUUAAGAACUUCACCAUAAAAAACCCACUGGGGAAAAGAAGGGAUCAUGACCUCAAGUCCAUCUCUGACGGCAUAAGCAGUAGAGAAGCUCAAGUCCACAUCUCCUCAGUUACCCUGAGAAGGAUGGCCAGUCAGCUGUCAGGUUUACCCAGACGACUCAGGGCGACUACUUUACUAUGGAAAGGCAGCACUCAGACUGCUGUGGAUUUAUUACAAGAUGAUGUCCUCGUGGCUGACCCUGGAACCAAAUGCCACUACAGCAACCUGGCCUUCUCCCUACUAGCCCACGUGAUGGCAGAAAAGGUAGCGGGGAUGGAUUAUCAACGAUGGGUGUCUGAAAGUAUCCUACAGCCGUUGGGAAUGGAGGAUACUGGAUUUGAAAUCACCUCUCAAAUAGAAAGCCGCAUGGCGAUUGGAGUUUACUCAAGCGGGCGUCCCGCACCUCUCUAUGACCUUGGCUGGUAUAGACCGUCAGGUCAAAUGUAUUCAACACCUGCAGACAUGGCUAAACUGGUGAUGAUGCUUCUGGGCGCAUACUACCACCCGGUUCUCCAACCCGACACCCUUAAAACCAUGCUAACUCCUCUGUUUCGCUGUGAAAGUAGUUACUUUGCUGAUCAAACUGGCACGCCGUGGGAGGUCAGUGAACAGUUAGGCUAUGACGUAAUCCGUAAAGAUGGAGAUCUGGAUGGUUAUUCGGCCUCAAUCUCACUAAUUCCUCGCUUGAAGCUCGGAUUGGUCAUCUUGAUGGCUGGAACCAAACCUGAAGAUGAGGAUCUAGUGGCUAAAGUCUACAGUUCACUCAUUCCUGCCAUGGAAAGUGCCUUUAAAAAUGCACCUCGUGUUCUCAUCCCUCCUCCAGACCCUGUUCCCUACAUGGGUUACUUUACUUAUGGCAACAUAACGUUCUAUGAGAUUAAAGCAGAUGCAGAUGAGGUGCUGUCUUUGGAGCAGUUUGGACCUCAAGUAGACACAAUGGUUCCUAUGAAGUACAGAAGAUUAAAACUCAAUUAUUUGCAGGAUAGGGUGUUCAGGGUGGUGUUUGAGGAGGAGUACCCCUGUCAGCUGAAAGUUAACACUGCUUCGGUGUCUCUUGAAUCUCAGGAUGGGCAGCUUUUUAAUUUUUACAUCUUUAACAAAAAGGGGCUCUCGCCAGGUUUUGAUGUCCCUGGGUUAAACACGUAUAAAGUCACACGGAUACCUCGCAAGCCGAUUUUCAGCAGUUGAAGAAUCAUUCGAACAUUGAGUUGUUAAGGUGCUCUUUUUGAUGAAAGUGUCAAAUUCUGAGGAACUUCAACCUAAGCUUGUGUAGAUUCCAAUAUACAUUUGUCUUAAGAUAAGAGCUGAACAUAUAUGUAGAAUACUUUUUCUUCUUAUUUUUAUUUUGAACAUUCUAAAAAUGUUAUUUUUUAUGUACAGUAUCUCCUGCUGCAUUAUUGUUUUCCCUUUUUCAGAGGAAUAUCGGUACAAUUGACACACCGUUCAUUCAUUUGCGUGUUUUUUGAGAAGCUUGAACUGCAUGUCUUAAUUAAAAGUAAAGUGUGUGCCUUUUCUAAGCAUUUGCACCUUUUAUCAGUUUCUGAAGCACCCAAUUUUGUGUGAUCUUGAUCAGCUCUAAUACUAAUAUCUUGGUUUUAAACAUUUUAUUUGUCUUUGAACGCAAACCAGUGUAAAGGCCCGUUCACACCAAGGAUAAUAACUAUAACAAUAACUAUAAAAUUUGUAAGCAUUCUAAUUUUAUGAGAAAAAGGAAAUCCAUAACACAAAUGAAAUGAUAUUGACACAGAGAAACAAUGUAAUUUGAAUGACUUUCAGAACUAUUUUUUCCAGCUGAUGAACACUAAAAAUAUCGACAACCAAUCAGACUCCACCUGACUCUAGCAUUUAAGGAUGU